GCGUCACGCUGUGCUAGCAAAUUCUUCGAGCGUAAUGAAAGUAACCGUCCGACAUGAUGCGAAGUUAUGAGUUUUAAUGAAAAUCCAAUGGCAUAUUAAGACAGUCUUAAAACGUUUGUGAACAAGGAUGGAUAUGAAAGUUGUUUUAUGCAUAUCUUUCAUUGUAUUCUUCACAAAUCUACCUCAACAGACGAAGCAGAGCGACCCAAUCUUGGCGAAAUCACAUUGUGGCCAAGUUAAUGCGACAGCAUUCCCAGCUUGUGUGAAAGAAGGCUUCAGUUACACGGUCAUAAGUCUUGCGAAUAAGUAUUACGCCAGGAGCUAUGCGGGGAUAAUAAAAAACGUCAUGGAAAGACUCGGUGACUGCUCAAAGUACACAGCAUUCAUGCUGUGUUCACUGUAUGUACCGAGAUGCAAUAGCAGCGAGAAGGGACCCUUACUUCCUUGCCAAGAAGUUUGUUGGGAAUUUGUCAAAGACUGUGGCACGAAGAUGGAUUUCACUGGAUUGAACUGGUUGAAAUCGCUAUGCAGUGUUCUACAGAACAAGACAGAAAAACCUGGAUGUUUUAAACCCAAGGAUUUCACGCCGUCAAAAUCAACCUUUACAGGUAGGCAAACACGUCGUUGUUGAAUUGAAUAGAAGCCAUGGAAUUGCUGUUGGUAAAAUUUCCGCACAGCCCCAUCCUACAUUAUGCAUUCAGUUCUUGAACAGAGAAAACAAUGACAAAAAUAAUACAUUUCCGUUGGGAAAACAGAUUUGUUUUACAAUAGUAUGGGGCUGUGCGGAAACUUUACCUUGCUGUUUUGUAGUUUAUAAAUUGCUCUUUGUGAAAUGUUACGUCUUUCUUCGAGAUCGACGAACGACAAACAACGAACAACGGGCGACGAAAAAGGGAUUCCAGUAGCCUUUACAAUGCAUGAAUAUCUAAAUAUAGUUUGUUGUUUCCUUUCAUUUCAUCAUAAGUCAUGACAAUGAAAACAGUCUAUUUGCAUAAUUCUCUGAGCACUAAAUUACUUUGCAAUCAUGCAACAAUACAGUCUUAUGUUGGCCUUACAAUUGUCUUUGUUUCUUAUCCACUACGAAUACGUAGAAGGAAUGGGUUCUACUAAGGAUCGCAUUUUAGGCUAGCAUUCCUAGCAAGCAAAUACCGAUAAAAUCUGGGUGUUCAUUUUGCAAUAAGGGGGGCAUUGAUGUCUAUCAGAAACCGGAAACUGACCAAAACUACCAUCAACGCGUUUUAAAGCUAAAAGCCGGAAUGAAAAUAAGUUGUAAACCAAAAGCGUCAAGAAAAAUGAUCCAUAUCGAGGGUGAAAUGGUGAGACCGUGACAAAAACCGGAAAGGUCUCUUCUUUAUCAAUUAAAAAGUAAAAGAGACUAAGCUGAAAACUGUCAUCACUUUGUCGGUCAUUGUGAUACAUUUUUCGAGCUAUAAUGAAUUUUAGAACAUUUUAACCCGCUCGCACACUGGCGUUAUUGUUCAGACUGUUUUGUUAAAAUUUCUGCCAGUUUUUAUUUUCUCAAUGCCCUCCAAAGUGUUGAUAGUAGUAUUAGUAGUACAGUUUAUAUUCUUGAGCAUAUGUUUUGGCCCUUUUCAGAGUCAUUCUAACCCACGCUUAGCGGCUCGGCCUAAAAUGACUCUGAGUUGGGCUCAAAAUAUAUUUAUUCCGGUGAGAAAAAACCGUUGUUUUAUCACAAUAACUUUAAAACAAACAAACAAACAAACAAAUAAACAAACAAAUGCCCCGUCUCCAUUUUCAAUGGACAACGUUUUGUCUGAAAUUGCUUCAAGGAAAAAGUUUCCCUAACUAUUCAACAAGUGAAUAGGAAAACGGAGAGAAUCUACGUCUUCCACGAUUACCAAAACCGCUCCACCUCCCGUGUAUGUUCUUGUUGUCAAAGUCAACAAAAGUGAUCAUUUUCCUUCUUCUUUUGUAAUACGCACAGGUUUGUCUUGUAAAGCAAAGGUUAUAAACGAAAACUGCAGUAAAAGCUUUGAGAACACUAUUGUACCGGAAAAAACACAACGGACCAAAACCUUCCAAGAUAAAGAAAGUGAGGCUAUGAGACGCAUGAUGAACUCCAGCACAAAUGAGAAGUGUAGGACAAUUCUCGCGAAGCUGGCUUGUGCAUCAUAUACACCGCCAUGUAAUAGAAACAAGAUGGAGACGCUGUGCAGAACGGAAUGUGUUUACCUGUUCGAUAAUUGUCAAGGUGCUGCUGAUAUUCCGGGUGUGGUAGCCUACUGCGCUGAGCCGGCUGAGGGAUAUUCGGACAACGGUUUUUGCAAGCUAAACAGGUGGCCAAGUGCGAGACAUUGGAAAACAGGUGAGAGAAUAGGGGAGCUCUGUCAAAGAGCAUGUAUCUUUGAAAAGAGCAACCAAAUCCUCAUGUUGAUUAAUAUCUUUAUUACACCCAUUUUGAAAUCACUGGUAGUCCCUGCAAUCUGAUUGGCUCAAAUUGGUGCGAUUUAUUUACCAAUUGCACCAUCUUUUUCCCAGCCAACGAGGAGGCUACACUAAAAACAAAACAACCAAACAACCAAUCAAAUUGCAGUAGAGUGUGAGACAAAGAGUAUCAUGAGGCAAAUUUUGCUACUUUUGUUUCCAAAACUGUUAUUUUUUCCCCCUAGAAAUGGAUGAAUUUAUUUCAAACCAGCUCAGUACUGCAUCAAUAAAAUAUUUUAACUGACCAAGUCCUAUAUUUGAGCGAUUUCAAAAUGAAUGUAAUAAAAUGGUAAUUGAACCUCAUAUCGUGCAAUUUUGGUCUGAAAUCAUACUUGUGAUUUCAAAUCGAACUCGCGCUGCGCGCUCGUUCAAUUUUGAAAUCACGCAUAUGAUUUCAGCCCAAAUUACACUCCACUCAGUUCAAUUACCAUUAUUAACCAGCUAAAUGAAGACUGCAUUGUAGGUUUUUAUUAAGAGUUGAUGUCAUUGCUAGCUUGUCGUGAGAUAACUAGCACACAACUAUUCGUUAAGACACCAUCAUACGUAGCGGAAGGGGGGGGGGUUGGUGGGGAGGCUUGGAAACUCUCCCCCUCCCCCUCUCUUCCCCACAGGAAAAUAAAAGAAUUUUUUUUUAGUGCCGAACAUAAAAUUUGCAUAGCAUUAAUUAGCGCGGCAAGAUAUUCAGCCUCGUUAUGAUUUAACAAAUCCUUUCAAAAUGAACGCGCCUUGCGUAAUGUUUUGUUCGUAAUUUUUGAAGAAAAGCCUUUCCAAUUAUGCCUCGUCACAAAAUGAUUGCUGACACACUGGACACAUUUAAGGUUGGAAAGACGCUCGCUUGUGUCAAUCAUGAACCACGUAAAGGAAACUUUAGGAAAUUUCGGAGAGUGAAGGUUAAAAAAGAGCGUUCUCUGACAAACGCUCGUUUACUGUACAUGCUCUCGCAAAUCAGAGCGAGGAAAAAUCAUUGCAAUUAAGAACUCUUACGUAAUAAUUCCUUGCCUUGGGAGCGGACCUUACUUUUACUACAAUGAUGCCUGUUUAAAUUUCCAGCAUACAAUAUAUGAACAAUAUAGAAAAAAAAUUCAAUUUUCCAGUCGCGUCAAUGCAAAACCCUUUUUAGUGCCUAAAGCACGAGAAAUUCCAAAUCAUCUGUCAGUAGAAUGUCUCAAACACGUGCAGUUCGAAUAUUGGAUUUCGCCAGUUUCAACAAUUCAAGUGUUAUUCAUAUCAGCUCGUUUAAACGAUCUACGUAAGACACAAUUGACAUGUUUUUCUGCAUCAUAGCUAUUUUUUUAAGACUUUCUAAAAGUUAAAUUUAACUCCUAGUGUCUGUGCUCUAGCAACAUCCUCUUUGCUUCCCAAUUUUGGAUGCGUGCAUAAACUUGUCAUUCGUACGAAGUCUUUGAGGUCUUACUGUUUUUUUUUUACAUUACUUAACCAGUGCACUAUAUAAAAAUCUUUGGUCGAUAUUUAUAUAUUACCAGAAUACAAUUUUCUUCGUAUUUCCUGCGCCAGUUCAGACGCCCCCAUAACCUUACUAACACGGAAUUGUUAUUUACAAUUUAUGCGGCCAAAAAUAGCGACUUGUGUAAAGAAAGUUAGGUCAUUUCUUUCGUAAAUUUUAAGCAAUCUGGCAAUAUUCACGGACUUCCUCCAUGAUUUUUCUUUUUCUUCCUUUUUUAUCAACAAAUAUAGACCUCGCAAUAUCAUGAAUAACGAUCAUGUCAUUUUUCCGUUUACAAAAUACGUUGGUCAACACCAAGUCAGUCAACCAAGUAAUACAGGAAGACAAUUUAUUUUCAUACCUUGCCAAACACAUUUUGAACGUGAAUCAUAAAUGUUGAGUCAACUGCGGCGCCGGCGGAAAUUUUUUAAAGCUUUUUCAUUUUCAUUUUCAGUCGAAAACUUAAAAUCAGAAGAUAGAAAAGGCACUUGGCAGAUAUUAGUCAUCCUCUAGUAUCUAACGUAAAAGUGUAAAAUUUAAAUAUCCUUUUUGCAUCAAUGUCGUCUUCGUUAUCCAGCAGUCCAGUCCAUGCUGUUGGAGUUCUUUGGGGCUCAAAUUAUAACCAGCUUUGUUCUUUCCCUUUCAGGUUCACGGACCACUACGAUAUUGCCUCAGUCCUUUCCCCCAGGUCUCAUUGCUGCCCUCGUUUUGGUGCCACUCUUUGCAGUGAUCUUCAUCUAUCUUGCCGUUGCUGUGCGCAGGCGUUACCAUCAGAGGACAAGCGGUUAUGUACAGCAGAGAUCAACAUACACCGAGCCUGAUAACCCUACUGCAUAACGCGAAAUCAAGGCUCUUAUAUUUCUUAGUCUUUGUUUAAGAGAGGUCAUUGCUCUUCUUCCAUCAAACGUCUUGUGACACUGGUUAAGCUUUUAUUUAAUUCCUGCUCCUUAACAAAACAUACGAUAUGUCCCAAGAAAAUUUAGCGAGCGUAAUAGUUUCGAGUUCAUCAUUGAAAAUCUGUUCUAAUCUACUCCAUCCUCAGCCAUCCUUUAAUAUUUCUGGUUUAUUAUCACCUCUGGCUCUUGUGUUUUUCUAUCUUACCAAGGAAAAACUUUUUGAGUCAUUUAAAAUCUGUCAAUCUUUUCCAUCCUUAGCCAUACCUCGUCUUUCUUGACUUAUCGUUGUCUCUGUUGUGUUAUGCUAUCUUAUUAUUUUCUAUAGUCCUCCUCUGCUGAAUAUAGUUUCCCGCCACCAAAAAUGACACAAAUCCUUAUCAAAGAUCGAGAAGUUAAAACAGACAAAUGUGAGGCACUGUUUAUUACGAUUUACAUGAUUGGUUCUAUGGUAACUUGCUCAGAUGAAACAACGAAAAAAGACUGCUGCAUUUACGGACAACGAUUGCGUCGUAACUAGACUGAAUGGUACUAUAAAAUUUGACGUCGAAUGCUGCGUACAAAAUUAAGUCCGUGGUGGCAAGCCUACCUUUAGAAAAUUGAAUAGUUAUGAAUUAUGCGUGACUGUCUUUAUCUCGAUCUUCAGUGCUGCCAUCUCAUAAAGCUUACAGUUUACUUCACAGAGAACAGCUCGGUUCGCACAGCCCAUCCCGUAGAAAAAAUAAACGAAAGCUGAGAGGUCCACACGUUUACUGAGUUUCUUUGGCUGAAUUGCCUUAUAAUUUUCUUUCUUCGUGUAUUAUGCAAUGUACUAACCAUUUUUUCGAUAUUCUGAGCUCAAGAAUCUUAAGUAUUGUCUAGUACUUUUGGCAUGAGCUUCUGGCUCGAGAGAAUACUUAGGCUGUCUCUGUAUUAUUGACAUGCAAUAGGAAAAAAGAAA